AUUUACUAAAAGAAUGGCUUCUAUUUCAUUGGCUUCACCGCUUUAUGUUUAUUAAUCCACAAAAUUCUUAAAAUAAAUGGUGCGGACACUUAAGAAUAAAUAAUGAGUAAAAGACGCCGCGCUUCCUCCGUGGCAAGCCGUGGAGCUGAUGACGAUAGUGAUGACGGAGCGGAACUUAGCAACCCCGUGCCGCCGCCAUCGUCUCGUAAGAAAAAGAAACUAGAUCCUAGAGGUGGGUUCGUCUUAGGUUCAAAUCCUGCACUGGAAAGAAAGGGUGAAAUAUGUCAGCAGUUAUAUGACAUUAUAAGAUCAUAUAAAAAAGAAGAUGGAACAUUAUUAUGUGACUCUUUUAUCAGGGCUCCUAAAAGGCGACAGGAACCACAGUACUAUGAAGUGGUGUCGCAACCUAUUGACUUGUUGAGGGUUCAACAAAAAUUGAAAACUGACACUUAUGAAGAUAUCGAAGAGUUAUCAGCUGAUAUAGAACUACUUGUAAAUAAUGCAAAAGCUUUCUAUAAGUCAGAUUCUGUAGAGUACAAAGAUGCUAUUGAAUUGUGGAAGCUGUAUGUGCAGAAUAAACAAGCAUUGGAAAAUGGUGAAGAAAUCAAGACUCCAAAGUUAUCCCGCAAUGGUUCAUCCAGUCGAAGGUCAGAUGUGGCUGAGGAUCUAUCAGAAACCUCGACAAACAAUGAAGAGGACAAUGUGUUUGAAGAGUUAUUUAAUGCAGUAAUGACAGCCAAUUCAGAUGGUAGGCCACUUUACCCUGCCUUCCAAUUCUUGCCGUCCAAGCGCCGCUACCCAGAAUACUUCAAUGUGAUAGACAACCCUAUAGACUUGAAGACUAUUGCACAAAAGAUACAGGGUGGUGAAUAUACUAACUUAAAUGAGUUAGAGAAAGACUUGCAACUGAUGGUUCGUAAUGCCUGCCACUUUAAUGAACCUGGCAGUCAGAUUUAUAAGGAUGCGAAAACACUGAAGAAGGUUAUCCAAGUUCGCAAACAAGAGAUUGACCAACAUGGUCGCAGCGGACCGGCGAAGACAUCGGAGCGCAUUCGCAGCAAACGGACCUCACGCGUUGGCCCGGUUCCGAACAGUAAGGCGCUAGCUAUUAUGGAGCCACCCGGCUCUGAUGCCGAGCCUGAACUUAAGCAUUCUGAAGAUAGCGGUGGUGAAAGUGGUGAAGAACACAUUGAAAAUGAAGACUCACCGCAAUGGAAACUUCUGGAAACUAUAAAAAAUCAUUUGGGUGCUAGUGGUACUCCAAUGGCGGAACCUUUCUGGAAACUUCCCUCACGUCGAGCUUACCCAGACUAUUAUAAAGAAAUAAAAAACCCAGUAUCCCUGAACCAGAUUAAAAAUAAAAUUCGCCGCGGGGCUUACGGAACCCUAUCAGAGGUGGCCGGUGAUAUGAAUAUUAUGUUUGAGAACGCCAAACAGUACAAUGUACCAAUGUCAAGGCUGUAUAGAGAUGCUGUUAAGUUGCAAAGAUUAAUGCAACAACGAGUACAAGAGCUACUGGAUAUUGUGCAAAGUUCGUCCAGCGAUGACGAAAGCCUUUCUACAGUGAAGAGCCAGAAUCAAAGCACACCUAGACCUAGAGGACGUCCGCGCACCAAUCCUGCUCCACCAUCAGCUCCAUCGCCAGCACCUUCUCCCUCAAUCCCGAAGUCCAACCUGCCCCUUAAGAAGAAGCUUCACUACAUAGCCAAACAGAUGCUGGAGUAUACAUGCCCUGAUGGAAGGCAGCCUAUGUUAUUGUUCAUGGAGAAGCCGAGCAAGAAACUGUACCCAGAUUAUUAUAACGUCAUUGAUAGACCCAUUGAUAUGCUAACUAUUGAAAGUAAUAUUAAGAACGACAGAUAUAACUCGGUUGAUGAGAUGAUCGCUGACUUCCGCGUCAUGUUUUCCAACUGCCGCCAGUUCAACGAAGAGGGCUCCAUGGUAUAUGAUGACGCGAAUCUUCUAGAAAGACAGCUUAAUGAGAGGUUGAAAGAUUUAAACAGUGCUAUGCAGGAGAAGAAGGUGACCUUGAAAACAUUUAAAAUGGCUAAGUCCAAACAAUUGUCUCCAUUGGAACAGAAAUUGAGGACAUUGUAUGAUGCCAUCAGAGAUUACAGGGAUCCAAAAGCAAACCGCCAACUAGCACUUAUAUUUAUGAAACUACCGAACAAAAUCGAAUACCCAGAUUAUUACGAGCUGAUCAAAAAUCCUAUAGACAUGGAGAAGAUAGCACACAAACUCAAGAUGAGCACUUAUAAUUCUGUCAAUGAACUAGCUUCCGAUUUUAUACUGAUGUUUGAUAAUGCCUGCAAGUAUAAUGAACCGGAUUCACAGAUAUAUAAAGAUGCAUUGAUACUACAGCGAAUGUGUUUACAGACUAAGCAAUUACUUAGGGAGGAUGAAGAUGCUGUGCCCGAUGUGCCGGCAGCCGUACAAGAGUUGUUACUCAACUUAUUCACUACUGUAUACAAUCACCAAGAUGAAGAGGGCAGAUGCUACUCAGACAGUAUGGCGGAGUUGCCUGAACACGACGAGGCUGGCGGCGAACGCGUGCGUGCAAUUAGCCUCGAUCUAGUGAAGCGUCGUCUGGAUCGUGGGCUCUACCGUCGUUUGGACCACUUCCAGCAGGAUAUGUUUGCUGUUUUUGAAAGAGCACGACGCCUCUCUCGCACUGACAGUCAGAUAUUCGAAGAUUCUGUAGAACUACAAUCGUACUUCGUCGAACAACGAGACCUACUGUGCAAGAAUACUCUUCAAUCCCCUGCAAUGAACUUCACAAGGGACACCCUUACCACCAGUGUGGAGCUUGUCAAACAAUGCAAGCUGUUGCAGGAGAACGAGGAUGAAGAUGAGACCAGAUCCAGCACUGAAGAGUCUGUACUAGCCGGUAGCGCCGCGCCAUUCCAAACACAAUACAACAAAGGUGAUUUUGUCUACGUACAAGCAGAAAAGGGCAAUAAGGACGCCAAUAUUGUUCAAGUGGAAAGAGUAUGGACCAAUAAAGAUGGAGUGCCUAUGAUCUAUGCUAAUGUAUAUUACAGACCGCAUGAGACUUUCCACGUUCGCACGCGCAAGUUCCUACAGCAAGAGGUAUUCAAAACGGAAACGCAUCGCACUGUGCCCCUUGAACAUAUACUCAGCCAUUGCUACGUAAUGAACGUCAAGGAAUACUUCAAGUUCCGGCCUGAAGGUUACUUGGACAAGGAUGUUUAUGUAUGCGAGAGCCGAUACAACACCAAGAAUCGCUGGUUCAAGAAAAUUAAGGUCUGGGAAGGAGCUGAGAAAGAGGCCACUCUCAUACCCAGAGAAGUACCUUUGGAGCCUAACAGGACAGUGUCGGUAUUCCGUGAACGCGUCGAGAAACACAAAGAUGAGCUUGCUGAACUGGAAGUGCUCGAAAAUGUUCAAGAGAAAGAGAGACCGGAUGUAGUGAUGUACAAUCCGCUGGGUACGGACGACGAGAACACAUAUUACGAGCAGUACAAUACGGUGUGUUCGGGCGUCAUCAAGACCGGGGACUACGUGUACGUGGUGGCAGAAGGCGGCAAGCAGAUGAUCGCACAGGUCGACACCAUCUGGGAAACUGGCGAUAAUAAAUGCUACUUCCGUGGUCCAUUCCUCAUCUUCCCGUCUGAGGUCUCCAACAUUAUUAACAAGCCGUUCUACAAGCAGGAGGUAUUGUUGACAACUAUGCAUGAUACGAGUCCGCUUGUGGGCAUCGUGGGCAAAUGUGCAGUUUUGGAUUAUGAUGACUAUUUGAAGUGUCGUCCAACGGAGAUAGCGGAGGGUGACGUAUACGUGUGUGAAUGCGCAUACGACGAGUCAUCUCGCGUCGCUCGCAAACUCAAAGCUGGGCUUCGCCGCUUCGAGCACACGAAAGACGUCACAGUCGAUGAGAUCUACUUCUUUCCGAAGACCUUGGGUCCACCGGCGUUGGCCUCCGCCCAAGAUGUUCAGUCAUCGUCCAGUGUCUUCACACAGAAGCCUUUCAAUCCUAACGUAAAUGCAGACUCUAUGGAUGGCAAGCCUCAGUUCACGAAUCUCAUAAACACAACGAUCGGCAGUCAUGAUGUAGAGAUGCUACUUGAGAAUUCACUUGACGACUCGUCGCUGGCAUCUCCUGCUACUCCACUCUCUAUAGGCGGCAAUAGCAACCCAUACAAUCCUACGAUGACGGCAACACCAACCCAAGAGAAGACCACCAGCCAGACAUCUGCAACGCCGGCUACUGGUAAAAAGAAGAAAGAACAGAAACAGAAGAUUGUGACCGGCUAUAUAUUAUAUUCAAGCGAAGUCCGGAAGGCGAUCAUUGCUAACAACCCAGAUUGCACAUUUGGCGAGAUAUCACGCAUCGUGGGCAACGAGUGGCGUUCCUUACCAGCUUCGACUAAGCAAAGUUGGGAGGAACGCGCCGCUCGCUGCAACGAGGAGACCUCCGCGCGACUCGCCGAAGAGAUGCGGGAACUGUCGCAGCACACGCCCAUGGAAAUGACGUACGAAUGUGCAUGGGACACCUGCGAUUAUCAGUUCGAAGAUCUACAAGACUGUAUGGAGCAUUGUAUUGGUGAUGGAGGCAAUAUGAUUGGAACAUAUAUUGAAACGAAGAAGCCUAAACUAGAGCCGGGCCACCUGCAGCAGCACUACCGCGGCUCGCACGCCGAGUACCCGUGCCUGUGGCGGAACUGCGCGCGCGUGCGCAAGGGACAGGCGCCCUUCCCCAACCUGCCGCGCCUGCUGCGACACGUGCGCGACCUCCACGUCAACAAGGGCAACGGCCGCAUCAUGGUCGUGCACGAGCGCUCCAGGAACUUCCUCCCGUCUACAAAGAAAGCUGCGAAGGCUGCAGCCGGCAUCCGGAGUGGCGUUAUGUCGCCUGGAGCGUCGCUGUCGGGCAUGUCGCCGAUGGCGCGCAACACUCCGUCGCCGGGCGCCGGCGCGGCGCCGGGCGCCGCCCCCGACGGCGGCCGCGCCGGGCUCGACCCGCUGUUCGUGUCGGCGCCGCCGCGCGCGCAGCGAGUCACGCACUCGGAGGCCUACAUCCGAUACAUUGAAGGUCUUCAUUCUGAACAGAAAUAUAUCACUCCCUGGGAAAAAUCCCUCACUCCAAUGCCUGCCAAUCCCGACCCAGCGCAGUUUAACAUGCACAAACUUCCCAACUGGAUGACAGAGGAAGCUGUCAAUGGAUAUCUGGCUCAGGACAAAAACCUAUCAGAAACUGACAUACAGAAGAUGGAUCAAAGCACGAAAAUUUUAAAAGGACUGUGCGCAUUGAGAGAUUUCAUGAUGAAGGAUGCACUCUGCCUCUAUAAGAAUACUAAUUCUUAAUAUAACUAGAGCACAAUCGAUAACAUGACUCACAAUUUAUUAAUUGUGAAAAUCAUAAAGGAAUCAGAAUAUUAGUCCAGGAAUAAUGAUAUGCUAUUUGAAAGCAAUAUUUUUUAAUUUAACAGUUUCAGUGACUGUAUUUUGUAUGUAACGCAUCAGUUUUGAUGAUUAUAUUCAUAUUGUAAUGAUUAUUUUUAAAUGUUUAUUAUAUAAUUUCGUUAUUCUCUAUCUGAUUAUUACACUUAAAAGUUUAUACUAAUUUCUUAAAACUGAAGCCUUUUUUGAAGGAUGCAAAAUCAUAAAAAUAUUAGAUCAAACUACAUAACGUGAGAGUGUAAACCAGUUAUAAAUAGUUAAUAAUUAAAUUGUAUGUUUGUGUAAUUGAUGUGACAAUUUUUUUUUACCUCUGUGGUAAGUAAGCGAAAUAAAUAUGUUUAGUAUGA